CAUUGGUAAAUUGACGCAUGUCAUCCUUUCCUUUUACAAGUGACAUCGUUGAAGAUGGUCGAGAAGAAGAAGGCCGAAACUGCGCCCGCAGAGGCGCCCAAAAAGGUCCACAAGCCUGGAAAACCUAGAAAUUAUGAUUUAGGAAAUGGCGUUAUGAGGUUUUCAAGAACCAAGAUGUUCCACAAGAAGGCUUUAUAUAAAUUUAUUGGUAAAAAAGUUAAGGCUACCAAGAAACCACAGAAGCCUCACGUUAUCGAAAAGCCAAUUAACGGAGAAAAGAACGGAGGAAAGAGAUUCGUCUUAGUCAAGAAACGUAGGGCUUACUAUCCUACUCAAGACAAGAUUAAGCCGAGGCCUGCGAAGAAAUCCUUCUGCCAGCACAAACGUUCGCUCAGAACUACCAUAACACCCGGUACUGUUCUAAUUUUGUUGGCCGGUUCCCACAAGGGUAAGAGGGUCGUUUUCCUUAAACAACUGUACUCUGGCCUUCUACUCGUAACUGGACCGUUUUCCAUUAAUGCCUGUCCGUUGAGACGUGUUAGCCAACGAUACGUUAUCGCUACAUCUACCAAAAUCGAUGUUAGCGGUAUUAAAGUUCCCGACACCUUUAACGACGACUAUUUCGCGAGGAAACGCGUCAAGAGGGCGAAGAAGGAAGAAGGUGACAUUUUCCAAACCAAGAAAGAGGUUUACAAAGUAAGUGAGGAAAGGAAAAAGGACCAGACGGAAAUCGACACGCAGGUGAUGGCUGCGAUCAAAAAACACCCUGACCGUAAAGUUCUCCAAGCUUAUUUAUCAGCUAUGUGGGGUUUGAGGUCUUCUCAAUAUCCUCACAGAAUGAACUUUUAGAUAAGAUUAAAUACCAUUGUUUAUUUGUCUUUUUGACGCUGUAUGAAGUGAUGAAUAAAUCGUGGUUUUAUAUUGA